AAAUCUCCUUUCCAGUCAUUCGACCUGUCCAGUGGCCAGAGCUCUCGCUCAAGUGGAGAUCAUUUCUCUAGUAAUUGCAGAGUAAAAAUCGGAGUACCAAAGUGAAAACCCAUAACAGUACAAGCUCAGGGGAGCAUUUGGAAAAAGUUCACCCCCCCCCCCCCCCCCCCCACAAUUGAAACCUUGGGAUCAAUUUGGUUUAUUCCCUUUCCUCUUGAUGGAACAAGAGCACACAGACUGAGAAAAAGCAACACAAAGAGGAUAAUAAAGUUCUCGAGUUUUCUAAACUUUUUCCUUUUCCCUAGCCGGCCAUGGAGGCUACAGAAAUCGAAGAUUUCCCACCCUCUCUUUUGCGCAUCAUUCUGUUUUCUGAAAAAAAGGUUGCUUUUAUUUGCUCUUUUUAACUUUUGAAGCUCAGAGUUUAUCUCCUUCAUCAUCCGUCCUUGGCAGCUUCUGUGUUUCUCAUCAUUGAGUGGAAUUAAUCCACGUUUGGUUGAGAUUCGUUUGUAGAGAUAGCUAUGCUGAGAAAUAGAUCAAGAGCAGUGACCACCAAACAAGCCCUUAUGCCAGACCAGAGCUUUCCAUCACCUCCCUCCCAAAAUCACACCAAACCCAUCUCAUCUUUCUUUGGUUCACCGAAUUAUCUCACUGGGUUUUUACUAAAGGGUCAUUUUGAUAUUGAUCACACAAUGAGCCCUACUUCAGUUCUUGACGCCAAGCCAUUCAUGACUACUACUACAACCAACCAGCCUUUUGGGUACGAUAAAAAUCAUUCCAAACCGAAAACCCCCACCAUGUUCUCAGGAAACAAACACCCAUGGGAAGAGUUGGACCCGAAGGGCGUUGGUCUUGCUCUUGUUGACUCAAUGAUUGUUGAAAAGAUUGAUGAAAUUUCCUCCCAUAGUAGAAAGGUCUUGUUUGGAUCAAAACUUAAGAUUCAAAUUCCAUCAAUUCCACCGAAUGCCUUUUCUACUAAUGAAUCACUCAAAUCUCCUGCAGAUUUCGGAAUUAAAACCCGGAAUUCUGUAGUUGUGAAUUCUUUAUCCCCAUUUGGGUCUGUUAAAUCUAGCACCCAAACAAAGGAAUAUCCUGGGUUUCUCUCUGCAAGUGAGAUGGAGCUUUCUGAGGACUACACAUGCGUGAUCUCUCAUGGGCCUAAUCCAAAAACCACAAUUAUAUAUGAUGAUUGUAUUGUGGAAAGGGGAUGUGGUGGUGUCCCUUUGAGGACAUCCGAUAAAAUUGGAACGAUACGGAGUGGAUGCGGUGGUGUAGGGUUUUUUGGAAUGAAAAAGGAGUACAAUUCCAUAUCGGAAAGGUCGAAUUUUCCACCGGAGAGUUUCCUCAGCUCCUGUUACACUUGCAAGAAGAAUCUUGAACAGGGGAAAGACAUUUAUAUUUACAGAGGUGAGAAGGCCUUUUGCAGCUCCGAAUGCCGCUGCCAAGAAAUGCUUUUUGAUGAAGUGAAGAAUCCAGGAAUUUAAUUAUGCUUUGAGGAAUUAUUUGUUCUUGAUUAUUAAGUUCAGGAUUGUAGAUUUUCAUUUUUCUUGCUUUGACCAGUGGAGGGUGACUUUUCAUUCCAGCGACCAAAAUAGCUUAUUGAAUCAGUUCUUUACUCUCCCAAUCCUUAAAAAAAUAAAAAAAAUUAUGGGUUUUUGUUUUGUUGUAAUAUAUUCCUGGACUUUUUUUAUUACCUCCCCUGGAUAUAGACAUAAAGAGAGGUUAUUUUGUAGUGCAGACAUAUAUUGAUGGAAAUUAUUACUAAUUUAA